UUCUCUGUGUCAAAUUCGAACUUUCUCUUCUCCUUGUUAAACUUGCCCUGAAACCUAAAGCCCUGAAUCCUCUUCUUAAUUCUUCUCUCUACCGUAUUCAAUAUAGUAGUGUAGUAUUCAACUACAUACAUCUUUACCUGCUUUGUUGUAUACUCUAGCCAAUUUGGGCUGUCUUUUUCCCUUUUUGUCUACCACACUUCUAGGGUUUUCCUUUUCCCUCUUCUAUUAUCCCCGUCUAACUAAAUUUCUAUUUCAUAGAUAUGUGAUCGUUAAAGUCUCUUUCUUCCAUCACUUAGCUUCGAGAUCGCUUGCUUUACUUUCUGCUUCAUGGCUUAUCAGUCACCGAUUCCUGGCCCGAGUUCUGGAUCGAGUUCCAGUUCUGGGCUCCAGUAUUUAAACGCGCCCUUUGGAGAUACUACGUAUACCAAGGUCUUUGUAGGAGGACUCGCAUGGGAAACGCAGAACGAGACGAUUCGCCGUCAUUUCGAACAGUUUGGUGAGAUUCUUGAGGCUGUUGUCAUCACCGAUAAGUAUACCGGCCGAUCCAAGGGCUAUGGUUUUGUAACUUUCCGGGAUUCAGAAUCUGCUAGAAGAGGUUGUGCCGAUCCAUCUCCGAUUAUUGAUGGUAGACGUGCUAAUUGUAAUCUUGCCUCUCUUGGACGUCCUCGCCCCCCCUUGAAUUACGUUUUAGGAAGCCCGAGAUCACCUCAUCCUUAUAGGGGAAGAGCCCCAGUUGCUGGCAGCUUUGGUUACCAGCGACCAGUGCCGACAUAUAACUAUCAACAGGGAUUGAUGUUUCCUCCUUAUGGGUAUGCUACAUAUAAUCCCGAAUACGUCUAUCCACAGGGUGUUUACAACCCUUACAUGGGCCAACAGUAUCUACUGGCUAAUCAACCUAUUUACACUUAUAACCAGUUUGGACAACAAACUAUUCCUGGUGGUCUGGGGUAUAAUGCGGUUCAAGGCUAUAGAGUGCCAGGGAAUCAGAUUUUGCAAUAUGGAAGAGGGCCAAAUCUAAAUGCCAUAACCACUUUGUCAUUACCAAUGAUUCAGGCUCCAUAUCCCACAGGUAUAGCAGCUCCUCUCCCUGCACAAUCACAGUUCAGGUUCCCUUCUGUUAACAAUUCUGACCAGAGAAGCGAGUGAGGAGUGAUGAUAGUGGUAAAUGAGUUUUCAUCCUCUUAUGUCUGUUAAUUUUGUUAUGUUUAUGUCAGCUGUCGUAUUCUAAAUAGAGAUGUUUGAGGUUGGUGUUGUCAAGCAGGUAUCCUUAGAUUGCAGCAGGACUAAGAGAAUCAGUACUGCUACUACCAUUGGAGUGGCAUGCUUUGAUAUUAGCCUUGCAAUUAAAAUUGAUUUGCUUUCUAAAGAUUAUGCAUAUAUCAUUAAUUCUCACCGGUUGGAAACCCAUUAUCUUAUCGCUCCGGCUGGCAGGAAUAUGAGAAUAUGGGAGAACUUAAAAAGGGGGAAGAUGAUGUGAGAAUGGCUCUUUCCUUCACUACCAUGCAUAUUGACUCUGUGUAUAGUUUUUAUGACCAAUUUGAUCGUUUCUCGUGUCUUGAUGGGUUAAGGGAUCGUUCCUUCCACCCCAUUAGGAUUAAAAAUAUUAGGUACAUUAUUACAGUGUAUAGGAUCGAUCAUUUGAUUCUUUGUUAGUUACCUAGCUCAUGGGUGCCUGGGGGUGUAGAUAAAUUAUAUCUGGUGCUAUGUAUAUACAUUGGCAUGGGUCCUCUACUUUCUUUUUUUUCUAUGAUCAUCGUUCUACCAUUUGGGUCCUUUAGUAAAACUUUGGUCUGAUCUCAAAAUGUGAGAGAUGGCUAAGAUUUCGUAAUUCAUUUGACAAGUUAUAAUAAUGUUGUGUUACUACGGCUGU